UCAGGACCGUCCAUGAGCGGAGAAAAGCAGCUUCUGGCUCUAACCCUAUCCCCAUUUUGUGCAGUUAGCACGGUGGCGGGACGCCGGCGUCCAUGGCGACGGAUCUCCCGCGCGCUAAUGCGAUGCUCCCUGCCAAAGCUGCUACAAGGUGGGGAAGAAUUGCAUGAUUCAGGCAGUAACAGACGGCCUGCUUGGGCUUGGGAUCAGUUGGUAAUGUAUGACAAUGGGAAAGGGCAGCUCGGAAGAAGGAUCUUUGGAUCAUUUAGUAGGGGCACUAAGACUAUCAUAUCUUCAGUUACAUGAUACUAUUUGCUUACAUUCCAACUAUUAGCCCAUCCAUUAAUGAACUGGCUGCGUCUUUAUUUAUGGAACUGGGCCAACCAAGGGAAGUUACUGUCGGCCUCGAAUCACCGAACAUGGGCUGGAAGAUCUCCUGCUAUCGCCGUCCAAACAAAGCAAGGGAAAAGUAGAUGGGGAGAAGGACGGCUAUGCAUGUCUAUGCUCCUCCUGUUCGUAAUGAGAUGGAGUCCAUAUUUAGCAUCUUUAGCCUUGAAUUGUGCUUUACUUGUUUGUAUGUCUUUUACACGAAGCUCACUUUUCUUUUUAUAGUGUAUGGUUUACAUUGGUUCCACUUGUCUAAAAUUUGCAAUUGCCGAUUGAUGCGCAUGUAUGAUUUUUCAAGCAUAAAUACCAAAGCUUCGACUAAUAUAUGUCCUCAUAUAGUGAUGUUCUCUCCAUUUUCCUUUGAAAAAAAAACAAUGGCUAGAUAACUACAUCGUGACAAUGACAUGGUGGCCCCCCUGCUCCCCAUCCCUCCCUCCACGUGCUAGUGCCGAGGAAGGUGACCGUUGUGCAUUCGAAUCAUUGACAGAGGGGCGGAAUAUAAUAAUAAUAUUCUAGUGUAGGCGAAAGAGUAUCAUAAAGCAGCAGACGCACACAGAACUACAGAAGCAAAGCUGACCAGAGACAGUACCGUUGCCAAGCUUCGGGGGAGAACCGGAGAAGAGACAGUACCGUUGCCAGGCUCCAUCUGGAAUGCUCCCGUCUCCCUGCCCAGUUCCAGUGAUUCUUACUUGAGGUUGAGGGCCAGCCAUCCAUGGCUACCAUCCACGACAUCGCAGUUGGGGCGGCUUUCAACAUAGUCACCGCCGUCGCCUUCCUGCUGCUGUUUGCGUUUCUGCGGCUGCAGCCCGUCAACGACAGAGUCUACUUCCCGAAAUGGUACCUCAAAGGCACGCGGGCCAGCCCGGCCUCCGCCGGCGCCACCGUGGCUGCGGCCAAGUAUAUCAACCUCGACAUCAGGUCCUACCUGAAAUUCUUGAGUUGGAUGCCGGCUGCUCUCAAAAUGCCCGACGAUGAGUUGAUCCAGCACGCAGGCCUCGAUUCCGUCAUCUAUCUACGGAUAUACCGCACAGGGCUCAAGAUAUUUGUUCCGAUUAUGAUUCUUGCUUUUGCCCUUCUGGUCCCUCUGAACUGGACCAAUGAUACACUAGAAAGUUUGAAGGUAGUCCACAGUGACAUUGACAAACUUUCAAUAUCCAACAUACCUUACGGAUCUAAGAGGUUUAUAGCUCACUUGGUUAUGGCUUAUGUAUUUACUUUUUGGACCUGCUAUGUACUUAUGAAGGAGUAUCAAAUAGUUGCAAAGAUGAGAUUGCGCUUUCUUGCUUCGGAGAAACGCCGACCGGAUCAGUUCACUGUUCUUGUGCGGAAUAUACCAUCAGACCCCGACGAAUCAGUUAGUGAGCUCGUGGAGCAUUUCUUCCUUGUCAACCAUCCUGGUCAUUAUCUUAAACAUCAGGUAGUUUACAAUACAAAUAAACUUGCUGGUCUGGUUGAAAAGAAGAAGCAAAUGCAGAAUUGGCUUGAUUACUGCCAACUCAAGUUUGAGCGAAAAGCAGAAAGGCCAACAACUAAGACUGGCUUUUUUGGAUGUUUUGGUUCUGAUGUGGAUGCUAUUGACUACUACAAAUCAGAGAUUGAGAAGAUAGGAAAGGAAGAAGCUGAAGAGCAUAAAAAGGUCAUGAAGGAUCCCAAGUCAAUUAUGCCAGCAGCCUUUGUUUCAUUUCGUUCACGGUGGGGUGCAGCUGUUGCCGCUCAGACACAACAAACCAGCAACCCAACUGUCUGGCUGACUGAAUGGGCUCCAGAACCUCGUGAUGUGUACUGGAAUAAUCUAUCUAUUCCAUUUGUUUCCCUCACAGUUAGGAGGUUGAUAAUUGGCGUGGCCUUCUUCUUCCUCAACUUCUUUUAUGUCAUUCCAAUAGCAUUUGUACAGACUCUUGCAAAUCUUGAAGGCAUAGAGAAGGCACUACCAUUUCUAGAACCUUUCAUUGAAACACCUUCCAUUAAAUCAUUCAUCCAAGGGUUUCUUCCUGGACUUGCUUUGAAGAUCUUCCUCAUAUUGCUUCCAACUAUACUCAUGUUCAUGUCGCAGUUUGAAGGAUUGGUAUCACAGUCAUCACUAGAGCGAAGAACUGCAUCCAAGUAUUUUAUAUUCUUGUUCUUCAAUGUAUUCCUGGGGAGCAUCGUUACAGGAUCUGCUUUGGAGCAGCUUAAUACCUACCUUCAUCAGUCAGCUAAUGACAUUCCAAGGGUCAUCGGUGUGGCCAUACCAAUGAAGGCAACAUUUUUCAUUACAUAUGUAAUGGUUGAUGGUUGGACUGGUGUAGCUCUUGAAGUAUUGAGAUUGAGGGCAUUUAUAAUGUUCCACUUGAAAAACUUUUUCUUGGUCAAGACGGAGAAGGACAGAGAAGAGGCAAUGGAUCCUGGUAGUAUCUGCUUGUACUGGUCUGAGCCUCGAAUACAGCUAUAUUUCCUGCUUGGUCUUGUGUAUGCUGUGGUGACACCACUCUUGCUUCCGUUCAUAUUGGUAUUCUUUGCGCUGGCUUACGUUGUCUACCGCCACCAGAUCAUAAACGUCUACAAUCAACGAUACGAGAGCGGUGCGCAGUUCUGGCCCAAUGUGCAUCUACGCAUCAUCACAGCAUUGAUCGUGUCGCAGCUGCUUCUCCUUGGACUGUUAAGUACAAAAGGUUUGGAGGAGGCGACGCCGGCUCUUCUUGUUCUUCCCGUAUUAACCAUUUGGUUCCACAAGUACUGCAAGCACCGGUACGAACCCGCGUUUGUGAGAAACCCGCUACAGGAGGUGAUGAGGAAGGAUACGCUAGAGCGCGCGAGGGAGCGCAACUUCGACCUCAAGGCGUACCUGGCCGACGCGUACCUUCACCCGGUGUUCAAGAGCAAUGAGGUAGACAAGUUCUAUGUCGCGGACGAUCCCGGGGCGGUGGAGGUGAUCGUGCCGACCAAGCGGCGGUCCCGGAGGAUCACGCCGGUGCAGAGCGAGGACGGCGGCUCCGACAGGCUCUCCGUGAUGGAGUCCGUUCAAGAAAGAUAGCUAAGCCACGUGUAUGUGUCUUGCAAUUAUAUAUGUGUCUUGCUCUUACGUGUAUUAUAUAUGUAACGGUAAAGCAUGCAUUAGGAAUAUAUUAGUACUGCAUUGACUUUGAGUGAAUAGCAUAAAACAACCACUAUUGGCGUUAGGGUUCCAAAAAACUACCAGAUUUUUGUUUGUCGCUGAUAACUAUCAGAAUCGGCGUCGGCUGUUUCAAAAA